GGAGAAGAAAUGCUUGCCUUCGAGUCCUCCAGCUUUAUCUCGAUGCCCAAUCCGCCAAGCCCAGCACCAAAGCAGGCUUCCGAGGACGUCUCGAGUAGUCGGGUUCCAUUCGACAUGUCGACGGAUUCUGCCCGCGUGGCCGUGAUUGGCGCUGGCCCGGCCGGCCUGGCCGCCAUCAAGUCGCUCCAGGAGGAGGGGUUUCAGGUCACCGGCUUCGAGCGCCGCCCCGACGUGGGCGGCCUUUGGGCCUUCUCCGACGUCCCCAACUACACCUCGGCGACCAAGGACACCCGGUACCAGAUGAGCAAGUUCAUUUCGUGCUUUACGGACUUUCCGUUCCCUGAUGACUUCCCCAGAUUCCCCAUGGCGGAGGACAUGGCAAGCUACUACCAGUCUUACGCCCAACACUUCGGCCUGAUGGACAGGAUACGGUUCGGCGCGGUCGUGAGGUCGGUCCGGCGCAGCAGCGACGAUACGGCCUGGCUGCUGGACGUCGAAGGGGAGGCGGAGCCUCUGUCAUUCGACAAGGUCUUGGUGGCGGCCGGCACCGAGACCGUACCCAAGCCACUCCCGGAAUUUGAAGGCCGGGAGCUGUUUGAGGGCAAGGUCAUCCACUCACAGGCAUACAAACGGCCGAAGGAUUUCCAGGGUCUGAACGUCGUGGUCGUCGGGCAGGGCAACACUGCGUGCGACUGCGCUGUGGAACUUGCCUCGCACGCUCGAGGCGUCUACCUAGCGCACCGACGGCGCGCGGUCGUGAUCCCGCGCAACGUGGACGGGCAGCGCUACGACCGCUCGCUGACCUGGCGCAUGGCGCGCAUCAGCGUCUGGCUGCAGGCGCACAUGCCCGCGGUGCACCGCCGCCUGAUGUGCCUGCAGCUCUCGGGCGUCGCGCGCAAGGCGUGGGGCGGCAGCAGGGCCGGCGAGGAUGCGCUGCUGGGCGUCACGCCGGCGCUGGCGACCAACAUCGCGAGCCUGGUCGUCAACGACGACCUGGUGCCGCUGCUGCGCGGUGGGGGCAUUACGGCCACGCGCGCGCUAAAGAGGUUCGUCGGGCCACGGGAGCUGGAGAUGGAGGACGGGCGGGUUGUGCGGGAUGUGGAUGCCGUUAUUGUGUGCACGGGUUACACCUCGUCGCUCGGGGUGUUGGCGCCGGGGGUGCUUGAGUACGACGACGACGACGAGGACGGCGACGAGUCGACCCCGUGCUCGGAUGAGGAGGAUUAUGCAAUAGGUGCAAAACAAGCGCACCCAGCGCCGAGGGUCCCGCGGCUGUACCGCAACAUCUUCCCGCCGCGGUGGGCGGACUCGCUGGCCUGCCUCAACUACCUGGUCCUGAUCCACGCGGCGGUGCAGCGCGAGGUGGCGGGCAUGGCGGUGGCGCAGGUGUGGGCGGGCAAGGCGGCGCUGCCGCCGCGGGCCGAGAUGGAGGCGCAAGCGGACGCCCAGGCGCGCGGCUACCGGGCGGCGCGGCGGCGGCGUCGCCCCCAGAUCGCGCAGCCAGAGGGCCUGGUGGUGGACCCGCACUCGUGGCUCCGCUGGGUGGACGAGGCCGCCGGCUCGGGCGUGUACGCGUCGCUCGGCUGGACGUGGCGCGGCCUCCUGUUUUUCGUGCGCGAGCCCAGGCUGUGGCUGCUGGCGGCCUGGGGCGUCAACUCGCCGCACAUCUACCGCUUUUUCGAGACAGGCAAGCGGAGGGCGUGGGACGGCGCCCGGGAGGCAAUCCUACACGUCAACGAGCAGAGCGCGGCCGACGCGAGGCUCGGGGCAGCGGGAGCGCACGCGACGGCGGCGCCAAGUUAGGUUGGGAUGUUCCCUCUUGCAUCUGCCAAGGAAAGGCGGGUCUUCCCCCCUGUCUGUGACCCACAAUUACCUAGUCCAACGGCUCCGGUUUUGAUAAGCUGUGGUUGGUUGGGGACAGCCAGGCAGUUCGUUUGUCCGGCAGUGGCGGCGCGGCAGCGCGGCAGCGCGGCUGUACCCGCAAACGAGGCAUUUCACUUUGGAGGGCAAUACCGCAUCUUUAGC